UAUGUAGAACCGCGGAAGAGGUUGCUCGCAUUCAGAGUUGUCGCGUCGAUUGCCUUGUUAAUGGAAAUGGCGACUUCUCCGACCACGUCAUUAGUGUCCAGCCCAUUGAGAAUAUUAUUGUAUGUAUUUGUGUUACAGUUAUCGUUAAUCCAGCCAUUAAAUGCUGUGUCAGAACCGGGGAAAUGGAUUCUGAAGGUGGACAGCGAGAUGAUCAAGAAGCAAAACCAUUUCCUUUUCGCGAAGACGAUGUUCAACAACACCAUCAUCGAGCUGAAAUGGACCCCGCAUUGUCCAGAGUCCAACAUCACUUUGUCAGUAGCUUGGUACCUGCGCAGUUCGCGCUGUUAUGAUGAAAUCGCCAUUAAUGAUCCUUCAGUAUACUUCAACUCCAAUCGCGUGAUACUACCCGGAGGCACUGGCUCCUACAUCAUUCAUGAGUACAAGCCAAUCGUGUGUUUGCCACACAUGACACCUAUGACGUUUGCAGUGAAGAGUUUUGAUGCUCCAAAGGGUCUGAUCGAGGAUCAGCCGCAGUCUCCAGAAAAUGGCGGGCGGAGGAGGAGAGAGACAAACACAAACACAGACACCCACCCUGCAGAGGCUGCGAAAGUACCAGAGAUAGAGCCUAAGAAAGAGCCCGCGGUCAAAGAAGAUGCUAAGGCCAUAGUCACCGUGGCGACCAAGCCAACAGAGAAGAUUGUUCCAGCAGCCGACAGCAAAAUGCCUCACUAUGCAGUGGCGCGCACCUGGGAGGACGCCCCCUACAUGUUCAUCCUCCACAUCCAGGAGGGCCCCUCAGAGAAGCCCCCAGCGGACGCCAAAUGGGACGCUGAAUUUGAGAUCAGCAUGCAUGGACCCCACGACUAUAUCUCAGCCACAGAGUGGCCUCUAAUGAUCUUCUACAUGGCCAUGUGCAUCAUCUACGUGGUGCUGGGGGUGCUGUGGCUGGGCCUGUCCGCCUGCUACUGGAGGGACCUGCUGCGCAUCCAGUUCUGGAUCGGCGGGGUCAUCUUCCUGGGCAUGCUGGAGAAGGCCGUCUUCUACGCAGAGUUCCAGAGCAUCCGCUACGAUGGCCUGUCAGUGCAGGGUGCUGUGGUGUUUGCGGAGGUGCUCUCUGCCGUGAAGAGAACAUUGGCUCGGGUCCUCGUCAUCAUCGCUAGCCUGGGCUAUGGCAUCGUAAAGCCUCGUCUGGGUGCCCUCCUGCACAGGGUGGUUGGGGUUGGGCUUCUCUACCUCACCUUCUCCGUCGUAGAGGGAGUCCUGCGGGUCAACUCGGAGCAGGGCGAGUCCAGCCGUCUCCUGUGUGACGUGGUGCUGGCCGUCACUGACUCCUGUAUUGUGUGGUGGAUCUUCAUCAGCCUGGCCCAGACUAUGAAGCUGCUGCGACUGAGGAGGAACGUGGUGAAGCUCUCGCUGUACAGACACUUCACCAACACCCUCAUCUUCGCCGUCAUCGCCUCCGUGAUCUUCAUCGUGUGGACCACCAACACCUUCAAAUUCUCCAAAUGCCAGUCUGACUGGAGGGAGAUGUGGAUAGACGACGCCUUCUGGCGUUUCCUCUUCUCCACCAUCCUGCUAGUCAUCAUGUUCCUCUGGAGGCCGUCCGCCAACAACCAGAGGUACGCAUUCAGCCCUUUGGUGGAUGAGGAGAGCGAUGAGGAAGAGAAGGAGCAGCUGGUCAACGAAGCCUUUGAAGGGGUGAAGAUGAGGGGAAUGAAAGCAGAGACUAACGGAACUGCCAAGCCCAAUAAAGUGGAUGAGGACCUGAAGUGGGUGGAGGAGAACAUCCCAUCGUCCAUGGCUGAUGUUGCAUUACCCCCUUUGUUGGAUUCCGAUGAGGAGACCAUGGCAACCAAAUUUGAGAUGUCAAAAAUGGAGUAGGGUGAAGAUGUGCCUGUAUGUAAUGUAAAUACAGAUAUAUGUGUGUGUGUGUGUGUGUAUGUGUAUCGGUGUGGGAGAUGGGAAAGAAUGUGUGUGUGUGUGUGUGUGUGUGUGUGUGUGUGUGUGUGUGUGUCGGUGUGGGAGAUGUGUGUCGGUGUGCGUGUGUGCGUGCGUGUGCACACAUUUCUUUUACCCCCAAAUGACAAGCUUGAUAAGCAUCCUGUGUAAAUACAGCUGAGUGAGGGCAGAGUUUACCAAUGAGAGAAACUUAAUUUCCUUUUUAUUGCUUGUUUGUAUUUAUUUUUUCACUGGACAUGGUUCUGUUCUUUUAAUAAUUUUGUUACGGACUGUAUUAUGCCUUUGAUUGUUGUUUACAUACCUGGAGUCAAUAAAACAUCACAUUUGGCUGUAA